ACACAGCCUCAUGCACUGAAAAAAUAUCAUUUACAAGCGUUCAAGCUACAAACAUGGUCCGCCUGUUCUGGUGUUCUGUCCUUCUAUUCAGCCUUCCAGUAACAGAGAGCAUGGAGAAGGAUGAACGCUGCUCAUCGAAGCCAAUCAAUGAGGUCUGGCGAAACACAGGACAAAGCGUUGUUCUCCGGUGUAACAUAAAACAACACUGUCUCAUCAGAGGCCAGAGCUACGAGUGGUUCUCUUUCAGAGAACACUCACAUGGUCGUCUAAUCCCGCAGAGCUUUCCUCUGAAGUACAGCCUGGAAGGAGCGUUUUUACACAUCAAGUCCCUUCAUACUAAUGACAGCGGGAUCUACCACUGUGCUGCAGGGAUGCAGGGCAAACCGUAUGUGGCACUGGGUACAACCCUGGUGGUGAGAGAAAAAUAUAAAGUGAUGGUUAAGAAUAUUCCCCUGUGGCUAUCAUUUGUCCUCCUGGCCUUCUACAGCUUGGCACUAGUGACACUUAUAAUCAAGAAGUACGGCUGCAGCAUGGGCGUCAGCAGAAGGAUUACCAAAACUCAGAAGAACAACUCAACUAAAAAAAGACAAUUCCGUGACGUACUGCAAGAAAUAAACAGCAGGAACAACUUGAAGAGGAACAAACGAGCCGUGGAUCACAACGGCUCAGCUGAUGACAUCUAUCAAAAUGUCUGAGUUGUCAUUUACUGAUGUUAAAAAAUAGAUUUGGACCGCCGUCAUCUGACUGAAGUUACACAAAAGUCAUGAACCAAAAGGAGGAAAUGACAUCAUCAACCAAGGCCACAGGGAGUUAUGUCUUCAUGAAGCCAGACACAACAACCACAGACUGAAGGUCCUGACUCACUGAACCUUUUCUCUCAAGUUUAAGUAGUGAUAGAGGGACAGUAGUCUCUAAUGGGAUUUGUAGUUUUAACUAUGUCCUGUUGAUUAUUUUGAACAUGAGAGCAACUUUACAAAUGUCCUUCUUUUUAAUACCAGGCCAUAUUUCAAAGAGAAAGCCGCUUGAUGGACAAAUAAAGUGUACACAUGUUCUAUAGAAAACAGUCACACACUGAUCAUGUUUCAACAAAUGAAAGUGGUAAGACAAUGUAUAAAAGUGCAUUUAAAACUGUUAGCAGACACACAAAUCCUCAUUUGAUAAAAGAUCAUGACAUUAUAUCAAGAUCAUCUAAUUUAUCGAUCAAUACCAAGCGGUCAGCCUGGGUUUGAAUCCCACCUGUGGCUCCAAUGUCAUUCCCCACUCUCUCUCUCUCGUUCUGACUCUUUCCA